UCAUGACGUGGUAAAUAAAAACGAUAGCGUACGUAAAGAAAGGUAAACGACCAGCACCAAACCCUAGCGUUUAUGACUUUCCCGAGGAAUACUGGCCAUCACCAGACACAGAACUAGUACCUUCAGACAUGAGUGCAAAUCAGCUAUUGAUGGAGUGUAGCAGAGAAAAAAGAAGGAAAAAAGAAAACCAUUCUAAUAGCGCCGUAGAACCUAAUUCAUCGUCUUUAGACCUUUUAAAUGCGGUAAGAAGAACUGAACGUUUGCCAAUUGUCUCCCUUAAACAGAAUCUUUCCGUGGUAAAACAAGCACUAAGUUAUCCGGAUAGUACAAUAUUUGAACAGAAAAUCACAGAGAAGAGAAAGACCUUUGUCAAGACUUUGAAAGAAGUUUUUGCUGAACGAAAUAUCGGAGACUCUCCUAAUAUAGAUUGUCCUGAGCAGCUGACUAGGGAGAUAGGUAGACGAUUGCGACUUUGCUUAAUGGGUCAAAGAACAGUCAAAUCCAUACCAUGUGGCAUCGAUAUAACAAUCGAUAACCUCAAGUCUAAUGUUACUGAAACAAGAACCUCAAACAUUUAUCCAGAAUCAAGUUCAGAAGUGUGCGUGUAAUAACUUCAAUGUACCAUGGUUUGGACAAGCGGACCUUAAAAUUUGCAUUGCCUAAAUCUGGUUGAUCAUCAUCAUCUUUAUGCUGUUUUAACUUCAAUAAAACAUUUAGUCGUUUU